ACAAUUCCAGGACAGAGCAUCACAUUAUCUCUUGCAUUACGCGAGUUAACUUCUAUUUUGAAAACCCACCUAACCAACCAAAACAAAAUGUUCAAACUGUUCAUCUUCGCCUGCUUCCUGGCCUUCGCCGCCGCCAAGCCCGGCAUUGUAGCCCCCGUGGCGUACACCGCGGCGUACACCGCGCCCGUUGCCGCUGCGUACACCGCGCCCGUCGCCGCCGCGUACACCGCGCCUGUCGCCUACUCCGCCUACUCUGCCUACCCCGCCUACUCAGCCUACACUUACGCUUCUCCUUACGCUGCCUACUACCUGCGUCGCUGAAAUUAACCUGAACCU